CGAUGUUUGACACGUUUGUUCGCCGAAUACACUAUGUAUACAUAGUGUAGAUUACAGGAGCAAAACGCUCAUUCACUAUACUUAUUCGUAGCAAGAAACAACUGUUUGAUCCAUGGAGUUUAGAAAGAGUGAAUAAAUCUGAGGUUGAAUAGUAUUCCCAAAAGUGCUGGAGUGAAAAUAGUAGGAAUUUUAGCAAAUUUCUACAAUCUGCUUAGCGACGUACGAUUUUGUAAGGAAGCUGCGAGAAAAAUUUGGUUCGCGUGGCUCCGUGGUGAAAAAUGGAUAGAGCCUUCGGUACAAUAUGGUUUCAGUGAAUGUGCUAAUUUCAAGAAUCGGUGUACCCAGAUUCCACAUGAAUUUAUAUCCGUACCAAAAAAGCGUUCAAAUGCGAGGCUCAGUGUGAAUUUCGGUGUUUUUGUUCCAUGUUGAAAGAUAGCUAAACAUAUUUUAUUGAUUUUUGAACCUGAAUUUGCCACGCAUACACACGUAUACUGGGUUGAUUUGCGUCAAAAAAGCUUUGUGUUCGUCGCGUUGCCAAUCUCCAGCAGUAGCAACAACAGGAGCAUUACACAUAUAUACAACAUAAAACACCCCAUAAAAAUAGGAUUCAGCGAAAUAAUCUGAACUAGUACUGUGUCAUGAUGGUCGCGAGUAGUCCUGCUGUAGUAGUUCUUCUGAGCUGCUACUGUCUGGUAGUAGCGACGACCAGUGGCAGCAAAUUGACCACCGGAGGAGCUGGCCAUGUGUUCACCAGCUCCUUCCUGGUGAAAUUUAAACGAAGCGUGGAGCCGCAGCAAGCGCACCAAAUUGCCGAACGGAACGGAUUCAUUAACCUUGGCGUGCUUCCCGGAAGUGCUGGCCAUGAGUUUCACUUCCGUCACACUGCCCUGCAUUCUCGAACCCGUCGAAGCAUAGCGCAUACGCGCGUCUUGAAAAAGGAAUCUUUGGUGCACACCGCUGUGCAGCAAGUUGGUUUCAAGCGAGUAAAGCGCGGCAUGCGUUCCGCCAUUCCGGCUGCCACUCCCGAUAAGUCGGAUCCUAACGUCGGCAAAGCUCCCACAGAUCCUUAUUUCCCGCUGCAGUGGUACCUUAGGAAUACGGGACAGAAUGGUGGAAAGCCGCGGUUGGAUUUGAAUGUGCAAGCCGCGUGGGAUCAGGGUAUUACCGGGAAAAACGUAACUACGGCCAUCAUGGACGACGGCGUUGACUACAUGCACCCGGAUCUUAAAUUCAAUUAUAACGCGGAAGCUAGCUAUGACUUUAGCAGUAAUGAUGCGUAUCCAUACCCACGUUACACAGAUGACUGGUUCAAUAGCCACGGUACUCGAUGCGCUGGAGAAGUAGCGGCGGCUCGUGAUAAUGGCAUUUGUGGUGUUGGCGUCGCUUAUGAUUCAAAGAUUGCCGGAAUCAGGAUGCUGGAUCAACCCUACAUGACGGAUCUUAUCGAGGCAAACUCGAUGGGCCACGAACCCCAUAAAAUCCACAUAUACAGUGCUUCGUGGGGUCCAACAGACGACGGCAAGACGGUUGAUGGGCCACGUAACGCGACCAUGCGAGCCAUAGUUCAAGGAGUGAACGAAGGGCGCAACGGUUUGGGCAACAUUUACGUUUGGGCGUCGGGUGAUGGCGGAGAGGAGGACGAUUGUAACUGCGAUGGCUAUGCUGCUUCCAUGUGGACGAUUUCGAUCAACAGUGCGAUCAACGACGGUCAAAACGCCCAUUACGACGAGAGCUGUAGUUCUACAUUGGCCAGUACGUUUAGUAACGGAGCAAAGGAUCCAAACACUGGAGUGGCCACGACCGACCUGUAUGGAAAGUGCACAACUACUCAUUCCGGGACGAGUGCUGCUGCACCGGAAGCUGCAGGAGUAUUUGCUCUUGCAUUGGAAGCUAACCCCUCCCUUACAUGGCGAGACAUUCAACACCUCACGGUGCUGACGUCCAAGAGGAAUUCCUUGUUUGACGCGAAAAAUCGCUUCCACUGGACAAUGAACGGCGUUGGACUUGAGUUUAACCAUUUGUUCGGCUUCGGAGUCCUCGACGCGGGUGCCAUGGUAUCUCUGGCCAAGAAGUGGCGUACGGUUCCUCCACGUUAUCAUUGCGAAGCCGGGGCGAUUUUGGAAGCACACCAAAUUCCAUCAAAGGGGUCACUUUUGCUGAGCAUCAAAACUGAUGCAUGCAAAGGGACUGAUACCGAGCUUCGGUAUCUGGAACAUGUGCAAGCGGUUAUAACAGCUAAUGCAAGUAGACGCGGUGAUUUGGAGUUGUUUGUCACUUCUCCGAUGGGAACUAAGUCCAUGAUACUAAGUCGUCGUGCCAACGAUGACGAUCAUAGAGAUGGAUUUACAAAGUGGCCGUUUAUGACCACACACACAUGGGGCGAAUACCCGGAGGGUACUUGGUUACUUGAGGCUACAUUCAAUUCAAAGGAACCGCGAACGGGAUGGUUGAAAGAAUUCUCACUAGUGCUGCACGGAACCAAAGACCCACCAUACCGGAUGCUCUCACCAGCUUCUCCUCACUCGAAACUGGCGAUCGUCAAGAAAGCUCACGAAGAUCAAGAUAAAAUGUAAAUGCACUAGUUUUGGGUUACGCAAAACAAUUAAAACACAGAACGCAACCACGAACAAUUUUGGUUUGAGCUUCA